AAAAAAAAAAAAAAAAUACUAUAGGUGACGUGUGUAUUGUCACUUCAGAUUGCUUUCGAUUUUCGCCGACAGAAUUAAAUUGAAAUUAAAAUGAUUCUGUUUAAUUUAGCAUCGUUUGUGUCCUUUUUAUUAGUAUUAGAUGUAACAUCAGCGUUAUAUUUUCAUAUAGCGGAAGCGGAGAGAAAAUGUUUUAUAGAGGAAAUACCCGACGACACAACUGUAAUCGUAAAUUAUAAGGUGGAAUUGUAUGACCCUCGAUCUGGAGGUUUUAUGCCAUCGUCUCCUGGUAUUGGAAUGCACGUAGAAGUCCGGGACCCUAACGACCAAGUGGUGUUGUCUCGAGUGUACUCCUCCGAAGGAAUGAUAUCGUUCACAUCUACUACACCUGGUGAACAUGUUAUUUGCAUGUAUUCUAACAGCACAUCGUGGUUCAGUGGAUCACAGCUAAGAGUGCAUUUAGAUAUCCAAGUAGGUGAACAUGCAGUUGACUAUGCCAAUAUAGCUCAAAAUGACAAGCUGUCCGAACUACAGUUGCGGAUCAGACAGCUGCUUGACCAAGUGCAUCAGAUCACCAAGGAACAGAGUUAUCAAAGACACCGUGAGGAAAGAUUCAGACAGACAUCAGAGAGCACCAACCAAAGAGUCUUAUGGUGGAGUUUACUACAAACAGCUGUCCUUGUAGGCAUCGGCUACUGGCAAAUGAGACAUCUCAAGAGUUUCUUUGAGGCUAAGAAAUUAGUUUAAAUAUCAAUAGAGUGUUAGUCAAUAAAUCUAUAUUUAUAAAAAAAGUGUUAACUUCAACCUAAAACAUUAUUUCUGAAUUAUAUUUUCAUUUAACAGGAUCAGAUGUUGUGAUAUGCGUUUUUUCUAAUAAAAUAUAUUUGUAAUUUGUAGUA